UCAGCUAGCCGAAGCCAGCCGAAUCCACGGAGACUCGAUCAAAAUGGCAGCGCCCACGAGUAAAAGCGGCGGAGUGCUCGUGCAGUACGUUGUAGUACGUAGCGAUCUGCUCACGGAACUGUCCUGGCCCAUCGGUGCCGUAAUAGCGCAGGCGUGCCACGCUUGCACCGCGGUGAUGCACCUCUUUCGAGACGACCCGAACACCGUCGCUUACACGGAAAACGUGGAUGGCAUGCACAAGGUGGUGCUAGCGGCCCCAACGGACUCCAAGCUGAUCGCCCUGUCUGAUGCGCUGCAAGAAGCCAACAUAGAUCACAAGAUGUGGACUGAGCAGCCAGAGAACAUCCCCACCUGCAUCGCGACCAAACCGUAUGCCAAAGCCGAUGUUCAGAAGUUCUUCAAGGACUUUAAGCUGUUCAAGUAGCGACAAGUGUGCUGUUACGUGGCAACGGCGCUGACAUGAGCACCUGUCGGACGGCCUGUGAUAUGUUGAGCUUUGAAAUGUUUGUCAAUAGAGGUUGCUGUGUGUUCAGAAACAGUGUGUAGUCUUAUUCUGCCUGCGUUCUCACGAACACGCAGAGCUUCGUGUGAACUACUGUGAAGUGACGAAAACAUUGCUGCCUUGCAGGGUUAACGUUUUA